AUGAGUGAACAUAAUUCCAAUAUGGGUAACGAGGACAAUGGUCAACAAAACAAUAAUAAUAAUAAUGAUAUAAAUAAUUCAAGCAAUGGAACAAAUCGUGGUGGUAAUGCAAAUAAUCAUGGACGACUUGAAGUACGUUUUUUGGUAUGUAGUCGUGAUGCUGGAGCUAUUAUUGGUAAAAAAGGUUCAAAUAUUCAAUCACUUCGGCAGAAACAUAAAGUUAUUAUACAAGUUCCCGAUUGUAAUGGACCAGAACGUGUUUUAACAAUUCAAGGUGAUUACGAUUCAUGUUUAGCAGCUAUUAUUGAUAUAUUACCGACAAUGAGAGAUAAUCAACGGGUACAAAAUGAUCAAAGUGAAAUACGUUUGCUUACACACCAAAGUCAAGCAGGAGCAGUGAUUGGCAAAGGAGGUGAACGUGUACGUGAACUUCGAUCCAAAUAUAAUGUUGGUAUGAAAGUAUUUGUUCAAUGUUUACCAUUUUCAACUGAACGUGUUGUUGCACUACGUGGUCGUGCUGAUGAUAUUGAACGUUGUCUACGUGAAGUUUUUAGUAUACUUGAACAAACACCACCACGUGGACAAAUGUGUUUUUAUGAUCCAUUUAAUUUUGAUGAAAGUCUUUCGUCUGAAUAUGGCGGCUUUUCCGAUGUGCAACAUGGUAUGAUGAUGAAUCAACAAAGUGGUAAUGGUCCACCACAAACAGGAUAUCGUGCUCCUCGUGAUCAAGGUGGUUUUCAAGGUCCACCAUAUAAUCAGAAUAAUAAUAAUAAUUAUCCAUCUGGUCCAAAUGACAGUUAUAAUCAAGGACCACCCCCACCACCUGUACCUCGCCCAUUAAUAACUGGAAAUGAUUCCAAUUAUAAUGUAUCUCAAACUCAAACAAAUCAAGUUACUAUUCCAAAUCAUUUAGCUAGUUGUAUUAUAGGACAUCGUGGUACAAAAAUUGCACAAAUACGUCAAACAUCUGGAGCUAUAAUUCGUAUUGAUGAUCCAGCACCAGGUUCAAAUGAUCGAAUAAUAACAAUACAAGGUACACCGACUCAAAUAAGUCAAGCACAAUAUUUUCUACAAAUGGCUGUUAAAGAAUCGGGUCUAUGGAAUGGAAAUUAA